CUUCAAUAGUUUGUUAAUGAUAAAAGGAAAUACCAUUGCCAAUCUUAAGCAAUCGGACAUCAUGAAACUAUCGAUAUGGAAUAUCGGAUUUGGCAAUUUGGACCAAGUGUUUGGAUAUUCAAAUAACUUCCAAAUUGCAAUAAAUGCGGAUUUUCCUUCUGUAGAAAAAGCAUCAAGUGUUAUUUUAAGAAGCCUUAACACUUUACCAGCUGUAGCAUGA